AGAAGAAUAAUAAGAAGAAGAAUAAUAAUAAGAAGAAGAAGACGACUACUUCCGGGUUAAAUCUAAGCUGAGUACAGUGCACCAUAGUUUCUGUUUUUAUAUCGACAAGAGAACGCCUGUGAUUAAAGAGAAUCUGAUUCUGACGGCAUCAAAGAGGCAACAUGGCGACCACCAUCAGCACCCAGCGAGGACAGGUGUACAUUGGGGAGCUUCCCCAGAGCUUCUUGAGGAUCGCUCCAACCCAGCAGCAGCACCAGGUCCAGCUAGAUGCCCAGGCAGCCAGGCAGUUGCAGUAUGGAGGCUCAAUAGGCACUGUAGGACGGCUCAGCAUUACUGUGGUCCAGGCCAAGCUGGCUAAAAACUAUGGUAUGACCCGGAUGGACCCAUACUGUAGAAUCCGACUGGGCUAUGCAGUCUAUGAGACACCAACUGCUCACAACGGAGCCAAGAACCCGCGAUGGAACAAGGUUAUCCAGUGCACUGUGCCUCCUGGAGUGGACUCCUUCUAUCUGGAGAUUUUUGAUGAGAGAGCAUUUUCCAUGGACGACAGAAUAGCAUGGACUCAUGUGACCAUCCCUGAAGGCCUAAGGGAAGGCAGUGUGGUGGACGAGUGGUUCAGCCUCAGUGGCAGGCAGGGUGAUGACAAGGAGGGCAUGAUCAACCUGGUGAUGUCUUUUUCUUCCUUACCAGCGGGGAUGAUGACUCAGCCUGUUGUCCUAAUGCCCUCUGUGUAUCAGCAAGGAGUAGGAUAUGUGCCCAUUGCAGGAGUCCCAGCAGUAUACAACCAAGGCAUGGUCCCCAUGGCAGUGCCAGCAGCCAUGCCAGGUGUUGGGAGCCAGGGGCCGGUGUGCAGCGAGGAGGACCUGAAGGCUCUGCAGGACAUGUUCCCCAACCUGGAUAAGGAGGUGGUUCGCACUGUGCUGGAUGCACAGCAGGGCAACAAGGAUGCUGCCAUCAACUCUCUGCUGCAGGUGGCCGAGGAGCUCUAACUGCAGAAUACAAGCUCAGUGGACAUGCUAUAUACAAAUAAACAUGCAAGCAUAUUUAUAUUCCUACCCUUUGUAUACAUGCGCACGCAUGCACAUUGUCUUUUUAUAGUUGUGAGAACACUCGGUAAGAUGAUGCAUUUCCUAGCACUUUACCCAUACCUGAACCAUCACAGACAAAUGCCCGACCUUUACCUAAUCUAAACCUCAUCCUAACCUUGAUACUAAUGCCAACUGCUGACCCUCAGACAGGUCUUUGAAGUUGAGGACUGGCCAGACUGUCCUCACAAUGAUGAGUCUAAGUACAACCAUAGAAAGAAAUGUACGUGCAUGCAUGUGCGCACACACACACACACACACACACCUACAGCCCUUCAACAGUGUGGCUGAUAGCUUACCCAUUUCUGGGCUCCACCAGCUGGUGAUGUCAGGUGUCUCCCCCUUUAUUGACAACUUUUUGCCUAACGGUACACGAAGCCUUUGACUCUCUGCUAAUGAGAGCUCUCUGUCACAACUGGCACUGUAUGUAUUUAGAAAAUUCUUUUAAGUCAGGACAGAUCAUAAAGUUGUGUAUCAUGGUAGAGACUCAAACUAAACAUUGGAUUGAUAGUAGUGUUACUUGAUGGGUAUUGUCAAUCAUUCCAGCCCAAAUCAUUGUGUUUCUUGAUGGUUUCAGUGUUACAAUUUUUCACUGUAUCCAUGGUAGCACCAUCUGUAUUCCCCCAGUGUUUGAUUUGUUCUGUUUGAGCUGUAAAUAUUCAUGCUCAGAGUCCAUCUUCUGUCUAUGUCGAUGGUGUUACGACUUUGUCUAAAGCCUCUUUGUAGAAGCCUGCAGUGAACUACUUCUGUUUCACAUGUACGCUGGUGGAUUCUAAAUCUUAUAAACUACUGUGGGUAUAUUAAAUGUGUAAAUAAAU